GUCAUCGGACCACCGCCAUCGACACCGUCGCUGCGUCGUCGCCGCCGAUAUCAUCUCUGCCGUUGCUUGCAUCAGCACCGCCGUCCUCCCCCCCCCGGCGACCGUCUCGAGCUGCCUCUCUCCCAGCCACAGCCCCCAGCGCUCUACCCGGCCUCAGCGCUGCCGACGACCGUCUUGCAUACCCACUGCCAGCCUUUCUCUCUCUCUCGCACGGAUCAUUCUGAUCCGUCGGCCCUGUGCAUUGCUUGCCGUCGGAUUCCUCUGCAACCAAGCCUGCGCCUGCCCACAACGAUCAACGCCCCAACCUCUUCAGCCCAAACGGCACCGCUGUCCAGCAUCAGCCCACCGCCCAGGACACCCAUCCGGCCAUGGCACCCUCGGUCUCGGUUCGUCCCUUGCCGGACGAGGCCACCUUUGUGAACGGCUACUAUGGCCUGUCGCCGGCAUCGGUCCGGGGUCUGGUCCGCCUGACGGCCCUUGACCGGUGGUCGGUGCGGGUCAAGCACCUUCGGGUCUAUCUUCGGGGCAAGCAGACUUGCUCCUGCCAACCUUCGUACGAGGUCGUCAACCGUGAGCGCACCCUGUUCAGCGAAAUCUACGCCGACCUGCUCGAGAACGAGAUUCUGCCGCCCGAGACCAUCCUGGACAUUCCCUUUGACCUGCCCUUCCCGGAUGCUCCCGAGGACUACAACCGGCCGCCCACGCAUGCCUAUCCCUCGGCCACGCCGUAUUUCCUGCCGGCCAGCUCCCACUUGCUCGGAGUCACCAACCGUUCGUAUCCAUACGAGGCCCAUACCGUCUAUGAGCUCCAUGUCGAACUCCAGGAGCUCCCGUCGACGUUUUACCGGCCAGGCCCCCGCACCGCCUCGGAGCGGGUCGAGGGCUUUGUCGUCUACGACCCACGACUGAUACCCCGCAUCCUGCACCCCGAGACCCGACAGUGGCGAUCGGCUCCGCGGGCAUACCCGUGCGAAUACGAUGUCGACGUGCAGCCCACCGUCCUUGGCCCUGGCGACGAUCUGCAUUUCAACUACCGAGUGUCGAUCUCGUCCGAUGCCGCCAACGAAGGCAUUCGGAUCAAGCGGGUGAGGCUUCUGCUGCGCGAGCAUCAUCUCGUCGGCGACAAUCGCGGCUCCUACGUCCGAGGCGUCUUGGAGAUCCUGCGGUGGGAACAGAACGAGGGCCCGGACGCCCACCCGGUCAUGGGCGGAUACGAGCUUGCCGAGUUGCGGCCGCGGAGCGAGAUGAUUGUCCCCAAGAACAGAAUGAGCCUCGAGAGCGACGGGGGCUCGGUCGGCACCGAUUCGGGCCCUGGCCCCUCGCGGAGAAGCCUGAACUCGUUCGACGACCACGCCGGAAGCAGCAGCAGCCGUCGAGACCUUGGCGAUGCUCCCAUGGGCCUCAACUUCUCCAACGACUCGGUCGACUCGCAGCCGCGGCGACACCACUUCUAUGCCUCAUAUCGGCCAAGUCUUCUGCCGAGACUCGGUGGCUACGGCGGCGGGGGCGACGGGCUGUACGCUGAGACCGAGGUGGUCCUGCGCAUUCCGUCGCGCGGCGGCUUCUAUCCAACCACACCCCGCUCCAACGAGGAGCCCCUGCCCGACCACGACAUCCAAACGGGCCAGACUCCGGCCCGUAUCGACGUCAAGCACUCGAUCCAGAUCACCAUCGAGCUGGAAGGAGCCGAGAAGAUCGUGGUGGAGUGCGGGUGCUGUCUGACCUCGGUUGGCAAGAAGGAGUGUGCCGCCCUCCUAGAAAGCGAGCCUCAUCUGGUUCCAACGCUGGAUUACGACAAAGUGGUCGGAGGCGAGGUCUGGCAUCCGCCGUACUCGGAACAUCAGUCCGACUUUGAUAUUGCCGCCGCCGCUGCUGCUGCUGCCUUGCCCGACCCUCGGAACUCACAAACAAGAAGGCGAUCAAAUCCGCGAUCCGACAUGCGGCCAGAUAUUCGACAGAACGAGCAGUCGAAUGGGCAGCCGAGCCCGCAAAGCCAGCAGUCCAACGAGGCACUGCCGGACGAGAUGCAAAGUACCCGUCCGGACGACGAGCCCGCCGGCCGUGACCAUCCUGUCUUCCAUAUCGAACCGCUCGACCUCAGCACCCUGACCGUCUCGACCGAGUCGACGACACCGACCACGGCCACAACCUGGGACCGCUCUGUCCUCAACAGCGCACAACUAGCGAGCGCGGGCACGGUUGAUCUGCAAAAUGCACUUGACGAUCGCGGGAGCAGUGUCGACGACGCUGACGAUCAUGCCGAUAUUGACGACAGUGAGGUUGACCAAGACGCAAAUGUUCCACAAAGCGACCCCGACGACCCGAGCCGGCUAGAUGGAGCCCUGAACAGCGUGGAUGCCUUUGUGCCGUCCCUUGACAUACCCAACGAGCCGCCUCCACCAUAUUCACCGUAGGCGGAGCAGCUUGGCAGCAACAUGGAUAGCCCCACACAAGGACAGCGCCAUGAGGACUUGGCGGCGAUGUCAUGCUGCACCGCCAAGUCCCGAUCGACUCGAUUCGCUCG